AAAAAAUGCUUCAAAAAUAUUCGUGUCCUCUUUGGCACUUGACCAUAUUUACUCUACUUUUUAUACAUUCUACCCUUGAAUCUCAAAUACCAUCAAAAUUUAUUCAACGAGAUUUAUUAUUAGACAGGACAAAUAUGCCUAGGAAUAUACUUGCUGCUUCCGCUCUUGGCGGAGGAAGUCAUCUUGGUCCCAUGACUGAAAUUUUAAAGAUUUUGAUGGAUCUAGCACCAGGAAAUUUUACUGCAAAUUCUUACUCGUAUCGCUCGAUUCCACAAGUUAUUGUAGAUAAAGAAACAACCAUUGGACUUUUUAAUAAAGAUUUGGUGAAAAAACUUUAUUUCGAACAUUCAAAAAUUACAUCGCUCAAUGCGAUGUUUGAUCCUGAUUUUUACACAAAAAAUUAUAAGAUAUUUAAACAAACCGCUAUGGAAAUCAAUGCUGAUUUAUUUAUUUGUGAUAUUGUUAUGAAUUUUCCAUGUUUUGAUCUUGCAUGGGAAUUAGAAAAACCUGUUGUUGGGAUCACUUUUACUUCACUCUUUUCCAUCCCUUCACCAUCAUAUAAAUCGGAUCCAAUGUAUGGAUGUCGUGUGAAUAUGGAAAAUGAAUCUUUUUAUGAAAGAUUUAAUUGCGCCAUUGUAAAACCUUUAAAAUUUCUUUGGAUGUAUAUGGCAAUGAGAAAUGAUUUAAAUAAUCAAAGAACAAAAUUAGGUAUCGAAAAUUAUUGGAACCCAAGAGCACGAUUGGAUAAUAUUUUAUUAUUGUACGAUACUUUCUUUGGGUUUGAGAUACCGUCUGCUAUGUUGCCACUCCAUCAACAAAUUGGUCCUAUUUUACCUGAUACUUAUCCAAAUCUAACUCCAGAUCUUGACUCAUUUCUUAAUACUCAUCCUCGAACAAUGUACUUUGCACUUGGAAGUCAAGUAUUUACUUCUCCUAAAAACACUGCUAUUCUCCUGAAAUCUUUCAUUAAACUGAUUAAUCAAAAUAUUAUUGAUGGUGUAAUAUGGGCUAUUGUGAAAACAAAUGUUACGGAAUUAAUGCCUUUCUCUAAUGUUGACUUUCCUAUAUCGGAUAUUUUAAAUAAUAAUUAUCCUCAUAUUCAUAUCACAAAAUUCGCUCCUCAAUUCGCGAUACUUUCUCAUGAAAAUACUAAAGUGUUUUUAAGUCAUGGUGGUGCUGCUAGUAGUCAUGAAUCAAUUUAUACUGCUACUAGUAGUCAUGAAUCAAUUUAUACUGCUACCCCAAUGCUAGUACUUCCAAUAUUAGGUGAUCAAUUUGGAAAUGCUGAAAAAUUAGAGAUGGCUGGUAUGGCAUUAAGACUUUCAAAAUUUAAUUUAACUUUUGAUGAAACAGUAUUAAAGAUUAGAAGGUUAUUAAGUGAAGAAAGUUUUAAAAAGAAUGCUGAAAGAUUACAAUUUGUAGCUAAAAUGAAUAGUAAAAGAAAAUAUCGUGCUGCUGAUUUAAUUGAAAUGGUAAUGAACUCUGUGAAGUAUGAUGGUAUUAAGGAUGAGAAUGGAAAUUUAAAGAUUAAUAAUAAAGCAUUGUUAAGGGAUUGGAUUACUCCUGAUACGAGAAUGGGUUUCAUUAGAGGAAAUUAUAUAGAUGUUUAUG